GUUCGCCACCACCGGUCAGGCGCACUCGGUUCUCCAUCCUACUGUCGUCGUCGUCGUCGUCGUGAUCGUCGUCGUCGUCGCCGUCGUCGUCGUCGACGAGAGACCGUCGUGGUGUACGACAGAAUAGGAUUUUCGCCCUUUCGGUCGUUCAUCGCUAUCGCCGCGCGGACGACGCAGCGCGAUGCGCUUGUAAUACGAGGACGAAAGAUAAAUCCAGCUCGCAAAAUUGCAUCCGUAUCCGUUGCCCGAUAUACGCGGUACGCGCGAGUCCGCAAGUAGUUACAGGCCGAGUCGAGGCCGCCGCCGAGUAACGCCCAGCGGAGGAAGCAGCUCGAGGAGAGAAGAGAGUGAAAGAGGGAGAGAGAGAGAGAGAGAGGGUGUAGAGACCCGACGACAGCUUCCGUGUCAAAAUGCCACCGUUCACAAAAGACGCAAAUGCCUCUAAACCGCGUAACGAAGAAACGCAACCGAACAUUGACUCAACCGAAGCGGAGGUAUCUCUCUUUGGUACAGAUGGUUACGAAAAGAGUGUCACAACGGAAGAGAUUGUAACUAAAAGCGCAGAGAAGACUAUCGAAAAAGAAAUUCAGAAAUUGAAGAAUAGUCUCGUAGAAGAAACAGGAAUACCACCAUGGGGUCUUGUUGCUAUUUUAAUAGUUGUAGGCGUAAUUGUUCUCGGAAUCUGCUUUUGCUGUAUACGAAGAUGUUGUCGCAAACGACGCUCCAAAGAUGGCAAGAAGGGGUUAAAGGGCGCAGUGGAUCUAAAGUCUGUGCAACUUUUGGGGAGCACAUACAAGGACAAGGUUCAGCCGGAUAUGGAAGAAUUGACGGACAAUGCUGAAGAACCGGACGAAGCUGAGAGUAAGCAAAGUGAAGUUAAGCUUGGAAAACUACAAUAUAAGCUCGAAUACGAUUUUAAUUCGAACAGUCUCGCCGUGACAGUAAUACAAGCGGAAGAACUGCCAGCCUUGGACAUGGGUGGCACGUCAGAUCCGUAUGUAAAAGUGUAUUUAUUACCGGAUAAAAAGAAAAAAUUCGAGACAAAAGUUCACAGGAAGACAUUAAAUCCAAUCUUCAAUGAAACUUUUACGUUUAAGGGUGUUCCUUAUGCUGAUGCAAUGAAUAAAACUUUGGUCUUUGCUAUCUUCGACUUUGAUAGAUUUUCGAAACACGAUCAGAUCGGCGAAGUAAAGGUGCCGCUCUGCCAAAUAGAUCUAGCGCAAACGAUUGAAGAAUGGAGAGAAUUACAAAGUGUUGAAGGUGAAGGUGGACAGGAUAAUAAACUGGGUGACAUAUGUUUCUCAUUGAGAUAUGUACCAACGGCCGGAAAACUUACGGUAGUUAUUUUGGAAGCUAAGAAUCUGAAGAAGAUGGACGUCGGUGGCCUCUCAGAUCCUUACGUUAAGAUCGCGUUGAUGCAAAAUGGAAAGAGAUUGAAGAAGAAGAAAACGUCGAUCAAGAAAUGCACUCUUAAUCCGUAUUACAACGAAUCAUUCACUUUCGAGGUACCUUUCGAGCAGAUACAGAAAGUACAACUCGUCGUCACUGUAGUAGAUUACGAUCGCAUUGGCACAUCAGAACCGAUUGGAAAGGUAGUCUUGGGAUAUAAUGCGAGUGGAACGGAAUUGAGACACUGGUCUGAUAUGUUGGCGUCUCCCAGGCGCCCGAUCGCUCAGUGGCACACGCUGAAGGAUCCUGAAGAUGGAGAUAAGAAGGAUUAAGAACAUUGAUUUUCCAAUUAAGAUACAUAUAUAUGGAUAAUUGAUCGAGAGAACAGGCAACAGACAAGAGUAAAAGAAAUAGAGAGAGGUAUAGAAAAUCGAGGGAAAAAAAGAAAAAAAUCUAUAGGGAAAGAUAAAA